AUGAGUGAUACUGUAAUUCGUGAGGUCGCUACAGGCGUGUGGACAUUUUCUCGACCGUUCAAUCGCUUUGGAUUUUUCCCCGUCGGUGGAAGAUCCACCGCAAUCAAGUUGUCUUCAGGAGAUGUUUGGGUCCUCGCAUCGACGCCUCUCAAUGAUGAAACCAAGGCGAAGCUCACAGAACUGGGUCCUGUCAAGUAUAUCGUCAGCCCGGAUGCAGAGCACCAUUUCUUUCUCGCUGAGUUCCACAAGGCGUACCCCGAGGCGAAGCUGAUAGCUGUCGAAAACGUAGUGAACAAGAAAACGAAGGAAGGCCUCAAGUUUGCUGGAUUUUGGGCGGACAACGCCCGCGAGCCAACAUUCGGCUUCGAAGACGACAUCAAGGCUUGCUAUUUCUCCGGCUUCAAAAAACGAGACGUAGCCUUUUUCCACCCUGCGUCAAAGUCGCUCAUCGAAGCCGACUUGGUUUUCAAUCUUCCCGGUACCGAACAGUACUCGAAAUCAUCGUCCUCCGGUCGUAUCCCCUUCAUCAGUAAAAUGAAUCCUUACUCAGGAGUAGCACAAAGCAUGGCAAAGGGCGCUGCCGACGAUAAAGAAGCUAUGAAAAGAGAUGCCAAGACGGUCGAUGAGUGGGACUUCGAAAGGAUUAUUCCAUGCCACGGGGACGUGAUUGAGAAUGACGGGAAGAAGGCUUGGCGCGCUGCGUACAAGCUUUACCUUCAAUCUUAA